UGUUUCCCUAAUUAUGUUUACAACAGAAACUCUGGUCUGGUCUUUUUCAACUUUUUACUCAGGUGGAAAAAUUCUCUAUCUUUCCCAUGUUUUCUCUCUCUCCUCCUUCUUUUUUGAUGAUUUUUGCCCUACUUCAAAUCGUUGAAGUUGUGGCCAGUUUUUUCUUAACAAUCCCAGCAUAGAACUUUCUGUUGGAUUCACUGUCCUGAUUUCUUGGUUCUUGGUUCUUGAUCUUUCAGCAUGGGGUUUAAUUUAAAAACACACACUAUUGUGGGUGUUCAUAUUCAAGAAUAACUGUUUUUGUCAUAUUCUUUUGUCACAAUCUUAUAUCUCCGCAAGUACGAUCAACACUACUAAUUAUGGAUGAAUUAUACAGACUUCAUUCCUCGAUUUCAUUUCCUAUUGAUAAUAACAGUACGGGAGGGUUUAGUGAUCAUCAUCUGGGUUUAAUACAAGCAGCUCAAACUCAUCAUGAGAUCAAAGGAUCAGAAAUUUCAGAUAUAAUCAAGGCCCAGAUUGCUAAUCACCCUCUUUAUCCUAAUUUAGUAUCUGCCUACAUCGAUUGUCGAAAGGUGGGAGCACCACCAGAAGUGGCCUCAUUUCUUGAAGAAAUCAGCAAAGAAAGCAACCCUAUUUAUGCCCCCACUCAGAUUGGAACUUAUCCUGAACUUGAUAAAUUUAUGGAAUCAUAUUGUGAGGUUUUACACAAAUACACGGAGGAAAUAUCAAAGCCAUUUGAUGAAGCCACAAUUUUCUUGAGCAACAUUGAAUCUCAGCUCAGUGAUCUCUGCAAAGAAACCUUAACUUCUACAGCCAACUCCUCCUUGACUUCUGCUAACUGUAAUUUUGCAGAUGAUGCAGGUGUUGCUUAUGGUGGGAAUAUGAGCUAUGGAGAGUUUGAAGCUUUUGAUAGUCAAGAAUCUACUGAUACCCGUCAAGGUGAACAGGAGCUCAAAGAAAUGCUAAUGCGCAAGUACAGUGGCUAUCUUAGCAAUUUGAGACAGGAAUUCUCAAAGAGAAGGAAGAAAGGCAAAUUGCCAAAGGAUACAAGGAAUGUAUUGCUGGACUGGUGGAACAAACACUACCGGUGGCCAUAUCCCACGGAAGAGGAGAAAAAUAGGCUAUCGCAGAUUACUCAGUUAGACCAGAAGCAGAUCAACAAUUGGUUCAUAAACCAAAGGAAGCGACACUGGAGACCAUCUGAGGACAUGCGAUUUGCUGUUAUGGAAGGCGUUAGUGGUGGCAAUGCAGGAUCCAUGUACUUUGAUGGAGGUGGGACUGGAGAUGAUGGCACUUGAAUACACGACGAUAUGUGAAAAAGUAUGCAUUCUAGCUAGUUACUUACCUUUCAGAUGAUAGCAUAGCAUGUGCAACUUGAAUGUAUCCAAAGGACUUGACUGUGCACCGGUUUCAAUCUUAUGUGAACAAUGGAAAACAACUUGUUUGGUCA